GAAAACACACACACACACACUCUCUCUCUUCUCUCUCUUGUAGACUCCACUUCCCCCAAUCCGCGCGAGCUCAACCUCCGGCGCCGCCGCCAUGUCCGGCCUCCUCCGGUGGAGGCGCCUCGCCGCCGUCGCCACGCGCGCGGCGUCGACCCUGACCGCGCCCGAGUGCUGCUCCCCCGCCGUCGCCGUGGCCGCCGCGCCGCCGCACCGGCGCGUGCAGGACCGGCGGAAGUGGGACGGGCCCCCCUCCUCGUCGUCGUCGUCGUCGUCAUCGGCGGACGAGACCGAGCCGCGGCGCAUACGCGCGGAGGCCCACUGCCCGCGCUGCUCCAAGCACAUGGACAUCCUCUUCUCCCACCGGGCGCCGCCCCCCGGCGGCGGCGGCGCCGGCGGCGGGUACCAGGCGCUCAACCUCUGCCCCAACUGCCGCAGCGCCUACUUCUUCCGCCCCCACGUCCUCGCGCCUCUCCAGGGCACCUUCGUUGAGAUCGGCCGCGUCCGCGCCGACGUGUUGCCGCCCGACGCCGUCAGGGUCAGGGACCCUUCCUUCUGGGAGGCCAUCCGGGGGAGCUCGUCGUCGCGGGACGACGGGGAAGGCGGCGGCGUGGCCGUGCACGUGCCGCCCGGGCCGCCGUUUCACCCCAACCUUAACGUUGUCCGCGUCGCCGGAGGCGGUGGCGGCGGGGGAGGAGCUGGUGGCGGUGGUGGUGAGGAGGGUGCGGGGAAGGACGGGUGGGGCGGGUCGAACCUCGGGAAGGAUUUGCCUACGCCCAAGGAGAUAUGUCAGGGGCUCGACAAGUAUGUGAUUGGGCAAGAUCGAGCCAAGAAGGUCCUAUCUGUUGCAGUGUACAACCAUUAUAAACGAAUAUACCAUAAAUCAGUACAAAAAGGGUCUGGAGCAGAUUUGGGUGGUUUUGAUGGAGAAGCUGAUGAUGACGAUGGUGUUGAACUAGAGAAAAGCAAUGUUCUAUUGAUGGGGCCUACUGGCUCAGGCAAAACUCUACUUGCUAAGACAUUAGCUCGCUUUGUGAAUGUACCAUUUGUAAUUGCUGAUGCAACGACAUUGACACAGGCAGGAUAUGUAGGAGAAGAUGUAGAAUCUAUACUAUACAAGUUACUUACGGUGGCAGAUUUUAACGUGCAAGCAGCACAACAAGGGAUGGUGUACAUCGAUGAAGUUGAUAAGAUCACAAAGAAGGCUGAGAGCCUUAAUAUUAGUAGAGAUGUCUCAGGCGAAGGUGUCCAGCAGGCUUUGCUGAAAAUGCUGGAAGGCACGAUAGUCAAUGUCCCCGAGAAAGGAGCAAGGAAGCAUCCUCGUGGUGAUAAUAUACAGAUAGAUACAAAGGACAUUCUUUUUAUAUGUGGUGGUGCUUUUGUUGACUUGGAGAAAACUAUAUCAGAGAGACGGCAAGAUUCUUCUAUUGGCUUUGGGGCACCUGUCCGUGCUAACAUGAGGGCAGGUGGCGUCUCAAGUGCUCAAGUGACAUCAUCCUUGUUGGAAUCAGUUGAGAGCGGUGACCUAAUAGCAUAUGGACUCAUUCCGGAAUUUAUUGGACGAUUUCCUAUCCUUGUUAGCUUGGCAGCUCUAAAUGAGGACCAACUUGUUCAGGUUCUCAUGGAGCCAAAAAAUGCUCUGGGUAAACAAUUCAAGAAAUUAUUCAGCAUGAACAAUGUUAAGCUUCAUUUUACGGAUGCUGCACUUAGAAUAAUAUCCAAAAAAGCAAUGUCCAAAAAUACAGGUGCACGUGGUUUGAGAACUAUCCUUGAGAAUAUUCUCAUGGAUGCCAUGUAUGAGAUUCCAGAUGCAAAAUCUGGUGAGAAGCGGAUUGAUGCAGUGGUCGUAGAUGAAGAUGCAGUAGGAUCAGUGGACCAACCAGGUUGUGGAGCUAAGAUCCUUUACGGAGAUGGUGCUUUUGAUCGUUAUCUCUCCGAGAUGAAGGCAGCAGGGGAUGCAGCAGGAAGCGAAGUGGAUAGAGAAGCUGAGCUUUCCUCGUCAAGAGCAAUGGGGAUGUGAUUUAUUAUUGGUUCUCACAUCUCCUGUAUAACCUGUAAAAAUCUAAUCCCAGAUGUAAUAAUGUAAGUAUUAGCCCUGUAAAGUAAAGUCUGUAGUAUCUGUUAAAAAAUGCUCCAGCGCACAUGACCAGGCAGGCCUCCAGCCCUCGCAUAAUUUACAGCAGGAUUUCAGAAGAGACCAUAGGUUGGGGGCAUAUUUAUGGGUGUCGUACAGAGACCAGGUUCUCGUGAAAAAUGUAAUGGUCAAAGAAUUGUGAUUGCUGCAGAAUGUAAAGAAACCUUAGAAACAAUGAAAAAUGUGGAAGGAAAAUGCCAAUAACGCUGUCGUCGAAAUGUUGAUGCUUGUUCAUGGUUUA